UGGUGGGUGGCGCGUGCGGAGUCGCCUGUGAGGGGCCGCUGCGGGCACCGAGCGGGGCGGCUCUGAGGCCGGGGCCGGGCAGGAAGAUGCCAGUGGCGGUGAUGGCGGAAACCUCCUUCAGCUUCAAGAAGCUCCUGGAGCAGUGCGAGACCCAGGAGCUGGAGGCCCCUGGAGGAAUUGCAACACCCCCAGUUUAUGGUCAGCUUCUAGCACUAUACCUGCUGCACAAUGACAUGAAUAAUGCACGAUAUCUUUGGAAAAGAAUUCCUCCUGCUAUUAAAUCUGCAAAUUCUGAACUUGGUGGAAUUUGGUCAGUAGGACAAAGAAUUUGGCAGCGAGACUUUCCAGGAAUCUACACAACAAUCAGUGCACAUCAGUGGUCUGAGACUAUUCAACCAAUCAUGGAAGCACUUAGAGAUGCAACUAGGAGGCGAGCUUUUGGACUGGUUUCUCAGGCAUAUACCUCAAUAAUUGCAGAUGAUUUUGCAGCCUUUGUUGGACUUCCUGUAGAAGAAGCUGUGAAAGGGGUGUUAGAACAAGGCUGGCAAGCAGACUCAACAACUCGUAUGGUAAUGCCUAAAAAGCCAGGGGCACUGGAAGCUUCCUUUAACAGAUUUAUUCCUUUACCAGAACCUGCUACAGUUCCACCAAUUCCUAAUGAACAACAGUUGGCCAGAUUGACUGACUAUGUGGCUUUUCUUGAAAAUUAAUUACCCCAUUCCUGUGUUCAAGACAGAACCUGGAAAUUCUGUGUACUGGCAGUUCUACUAUCUAAAACUUACUUUUAUCCUGUUUGUUAAAUGUCGCAGCCUCCCCCUACUGGAAUAUGUUGAUAAAAUAUAUAUAGUAUAUAUUUUGUUCCUAUAUGUGUUUUGCCAAAGCAAAGUUAGUAGUUGAAAUAGUCCUUCACUCCAAUAAUAUUUAUCCAUUAGGUACACAGCAGUAUUACAUGUUAAGUUUUAUUCUCUUAUGACUCUUAGCGAGAAAGGGCAUAUCUCUCCAACUGUACUGAUAUAGACUAUUGCAAAGCAGCAAACAGAAGGAAAGAGAAGAGUUUCCAUCAGCGAAGGAGAUGAAUGUAAUUAUGUCCUUUGUACUCAUGACUUCGAUGCUUCCAUUGCUGGCAGUGGAAUCCUUACCAGGAAAAUCGGUCACAAAUGGAUUAAGUAUAAACAGGGGAAAGCUAUUCUACCUGCAUCUGUAAAGGGGAAGCCUUGCAAAGUACAAUAAAUAUUUAGUUGUGAACCAUAAGUAACAGCAAGUUACAGUAACUAUUACUGUACUUUCCUGCAAGAUUCCUUCCAUUUAUGGUGAGAUUUUUAUAACUGGUUACUCUUAUAUCCCAUUGCUUAUCUAUUUCUGAGUUGUCUUAUUUCCCCUAGGGUUAGUUUUGAGUGCUCUGUGAAAACUGUUUGUAGGCUGGUGUUCUUUUUUUUUUUUUUUUACUGCAGACUGAUAUUUUUAAUAUACCUGGGGCACCUAGAGAAUACAUUUCAGAAAGUUGUUGUGGAGGAUGGCAAAUGUUCACUUCACUUGCUCUGAAAAAGCACUUGGUUUUGGAAAGCUUAACUUUUA